AUGUACCAACUAUUCCAGAACAAGCCUUUCAAUAGGGGAAAUCUCUUGUUGUCCAAGGACUAUUGGAUGAAAGAUAACAGUGUCAAGGAAUGCUUCAGUUGUGGCAAACCGUUCACCACGUUCAGAAGAAGACACCAUUGUCGAUUAUGUGGGCAGAUCUUUUGUAAUGAUUGCACUACGUUGAUCUCGGGAGAACGUUUCACUUACAAUGGUCAAAUCCGAUUAUGCCAUUCGUGUUUGAGUUACGACUACGAUGACUCGAGUGAUGAAUAUGAUGAUAUCGACGAUAAUAACAAUACUAAUAAUGAUAAUGACGAUCAGAAGAGAAAUGAGGCUUCCAUGGCAAACGGGACUGAUAUUUCAUCCAAUAUUAUCGUUGAUGGUGAUGUCAGCUCUUUACAAGACAAAUCAGAAAGGGACCCAUCGAUAAUGGUGGAUUUAUCUGACAAAUACCUGUCGUCGUCCGAAGAUGAAUCAUCCAUGACGUUGUAUACUGCGUUGCAUUCGGAUUCCAUUGGCAACCUUUCGAGCUAUUCCGACUCCAUGAGAGGUGGGGAGUCCAAUCUACGGCCAUCAAGAUCAAGCUACAGUAUAAACCAGGUUGGAGCAGGGUAUGACAAGACCCAGGCAUCGCUCAUACGAAUGAAGAGCAGGAAGCGGAGUAAAAGUACAAAGCGGAACAUUGACGAUAAUAAUAAUAAUAAUAAUAUCCCUUCAAGGAUGGGCCAGUUAUUGACAGCCGCGAAAAAGGAUGGUGACGCCGAAGUGUAUUCUUCGGCCAUCAAUACCGAACCACUUGCUGUUGACAACGAUUCCAUCAUUUGUGAGAAAGAGUACAUGCACAAAGAGUUAAACGAUAUUAGCAUUCAUCACAUUAAGAGGUUCUUGAAACAGACGUUGGUACUGUUCGAUGUCAGAAAUAAGAAGAGCUGGUAUUAUACCAUUCAUCGACUAUUAAACAGUAUAGAAUUAAUUGACCCCGACCCAAAGAAUGGUGACAGUUUGGAUAUCACCCGGUACGUAAAGGUUAAAAAGAUUCUUGGGGCCACCCCAGCAGAAAGCGAAUGUAUUAAUGGGAUAGUGUUCACCAAGAAUGUGGCAUUGAAAUCCAUGAGGUCGCAAAUCACCAACCCCAACGUGGUUCUAAUAAUGUUUCCAUUGAAUUAUGAAAAGGGAACCCAAGCUUUCGUCAGUCUUGACCAAGUGAUGGCUCAAGAAAAGGAAUAUCUUGACAAAUUAGUAAAACGAAUUGUCCUGCUCCGGCCAAAACCUGACGUGGUUAUUUCCGGGUCCACGAUUUCUGGCUACGCUUUGGAAUUAUUGGAUAUUGCUGGGAUCUCUGUCGCCUAUAGUGUCAAACCACAAAUUAUUGAACGGCUUUCACGAAUGUUGGAGGCCGAUGUAGUGGGAUCAAUGGAAAAAUUGGCAACCAAGCCCCGUUUAGGACUGUGUGAACUCUUUGAAGUCAAAUCUUUCGUUCAUCAAAACGUCAGGAAGACGUUUAUGUUCUUCACUGGAUGCAAGAGCACACUCGGGUGUACUUUUAUAUUAAGAGGUCAAGAUCAAAUGUCUUUGAAUAAAGUGAAAAAUAUUCUUGAAUUCCUUGUUUACAUGAUGUUCCACUUGAAAUUGGAAACGUUUCUAUUUAGAAAUGAGUACCUUUUGAUGCCCAAUGCAAGGGAGUUGAAAGAAAUGCUUCACCAUACUCCGUACUUUGGUUUCGACUAUCAGUUUAUUGAGAGAUUUGAUCAGCGGUUGUUUUCGAUAUCUCCUACCAUCAAGGUGCCAUUACCUCAUCUCUUGACAAAGGCCAGGGACUGUGAAAAGCAUUUGAAUAAUUUCCUAGAGAAUUAUGACAUGAAUGCCAUUGAUGCGGACUCCGCCAAAGAAAUCGUGAGAAUUUUCGGUAUUAAACUAGAAGAGUAUGAUUUGUUUGACCAAGGUAGUAUCAUUAAUCUUGCGCAAGUGAUCAUUUACAAAAAAUCCAAAUUAUUGAAAUCAACUUGCAAGCUAUAUUCUAGACAAUGGGAAUCGUUUUCUGAGCAAAUCUCUUCACUACUUGAAGUGUCUUUCCAUCAAAGCAUUAGUUUUCUUUAUUCAACCACCAACGCAAAAAAUCAGAGCCCUUGCAUUUUUCCUAAAAUCAUCCAAAUUGAGUACUAUAUGGAUUUUACCGACGCUCCUUUGGGUCACUAUAUCGAGAACUUGGUGCAAACCUCUAACCACUUUUGUCAAGAAGGCUGUGGAUCGAAAUUAUUAGAUCAUUACAAGAAUUAUGUUCAUGGUGAUGGUGCGAUCACUGUGUCUAUCGAAAAUAUGGAAUGCAAGAUCCCUGGUUUACAGCAUGUCAUUUUAAUGUGGAGUACUUGCCAAAAAUGUAACCAUUCUACUCCAGUUAUCCCCAUGAAUGAAAUCGCGUGGAAAUUCUCUUUUGGAAAAUUUUUAGAAUUGGGAUUCUUAAGUGUGCCCCUCACGGUUUCUUUUAUAGAAUGCCAGCAUGAUUUGAAAGACCGAAUCAAGUACUUUGGCCUUAAUGACUUGACAGUGAAAUUCAGCUACCAGAAAAUUGAUCUUCUUGAAGUGAUCGUUCCUGGAGAUAAGGUAUACUGGCGACCAGAAGUUGAUGUUACUCUCAAAUUGGAGGUGUACCAGCUGAUUGUUGACCGAGCCAACAAUUUCUUUGAAGGGGUCUUAGACAGAUUAGAAGGGGUAAAGAUCGAUAAUUCAAGUCAAGAAAAUGCCGAUGCCGCGAAUGAAAAAGUUAAGCAGUUAAUUGGAUUAGCAAAGGAGAACCAUGCUGAGAUAAUGAACCAAGUAAAAAAGAUAUAUACCGAAUCCUCACCAUUGGAAUAUUUGCCUUUGAAUAUUAUCUUGAAAGGAUUACAAAGUAUGAGUGUCUCGUGGGAUUUAGAGUUUAGUCAAUUUGAAGAAGAGUUUUUGCCGAGUGAAAAUGAUAUUACUAGGAUCACGGCUUUUCAAUUGAAAAAUUUCUUCAAGGAAAAGAAAUCUCCAGAGGACUUGGAUACUGAACGGGGAAAAAAUAAGGAAAAGUUAAAAGGAUUAGGGUAUCCGGAAUCAGAAUAUUAUGAUGAAAAGUCAAAAACUGAUUUAGAAAGACUGGAAGCUGAUCCUGCUGUCAAUGGUUCAAAGAAAUGGGAAAACGAUAAUGAUUAUGAUAUGAAACAACCUGAAAAUAUUGAUGAACGGGAAACAUCAAGGGAUAUCCAACUAGGAACCAUGCCAAGUACUGAUAACUCCAAUUCUGUUGAUAGAGAUACUUCACUAAUUAUGGAAGAUGAACAGCAGUUAAAAUCAUCAACUUCCCGCUCCAGUUUCAAGCAUUCCAAUGUCUUGGAAAAAGUCUCUAGGAUGGAAGCGAGAUUGAAUAAUAAUUCUGAUAUCAAAUCUGAGAACUUUAAUGACUCCCAUCUUCUAUCAGGUAAAACUCCUUUAUUAAGUACUGGCAAUUUAUUGAAAACUGAGUUAAUCAAUAGAUCUAAUUUCUCUGAUGAUUUUGCAACCAGCACAGCCAGUUCCAAAAAAUUGGCAAAUACUCGUGUGGCAAAACUAAAAGAUUAUUAUGACCAAAUGCAUGUGCGGUUGAAUAAGGAAUUCGUAUUGGAAAGGGAAAAUGAAAGAAAGAAGAUUGCCAAGCGAUAUCAUGCCAUUCCUUUGAUGAGUUCAAAACCAAUCGUUGAGGUUUAUCAAGAUUUUGAAGAUGCUGUGCAAGACGAAAAUGAAGACAAGUCCAAUAAAAACCAUGUGAAAAAUAAGGAUCAUAUAGAAUCUUCGAAACUAAAACGGGACGAAUCAGAAUACAAUGAUGCCGGCGACAACGAAGAAGCAUCUGUGGAUGUCAUUAAUGGGAACCCUGUUAUUUUUGAUAAUCAUGGAGAUUCUAAAGAAUUGGAGAGUACCAAAAAUAAUGAGGCAGAAGCACCUGAAAUUUUUAAUGAUAAUGAACAAAUAGGAGAAGAUAAAAUUGAGCAUGCCGAUAUUAAUGAUAAUAAGGCUUUGAGUUUAAAAGAAAAAAGAACUGAAGACAAGAACGAGAUUCCCCAGCAAGAAAAGAAUUCACUUUUGAGUGCCAUAAAGAAGUUUUGGGCGGAUAGAUCUGUGCUUUGGAAACCUUUAGAUUAUCCAUUGAAGGAAACUGAACAUGUUUUUGUUGAUUCAGACGUUAUUAUAAGAGAAGAUGAGCCAAGUUCUCUCAUUGCUUUCUCAUUAUCCUCCAAGAACUAUUUACAAACUGUAAAAAGAUUGAGAAAGGAAGUCAUUGAUUCUUUGAGUUUGCCAGGGAUGCAAGAAAAUAUCGAAAUCCAACCGGGAAGCAAGAUCCAAGAGAAAUUGUUGGAGGCGGAGAUGUUGAAAAAGAGGGCCAUUCAUUUGAAGUUUCAGAUCAUGGAUGAUUCGGCAAUUCUUUCCUGUAAGGUAUUUUUCGUGGGUCAAUUCGAGGCAUUAAGAGAAGCGUGUGGAUCUAAUUUCAUCCAGAGCUUAUCCCGGUGUAUCAAAUGGGACUCCAGUGGUGGUAAGAGCGGGUCAGCAUUUUUAAAAACUUUGGAUGAUAGACUUAUUAUUAAGCAACUUUCUGAACCAGAAUUCGAAUCUUUUGUGAAAAUGGCCCCGAGCUAUUUUGAAUUUGUAUCACAAUCAUUAUUUCAUGAUUUGCCAAGUGUGAUAUCCAAGAUUUUUGGCUUCUAUCAAUUGGUGAUCAAGAAUCUGAGCAGCGGGAAAAACAUAAAAAUGAACGUUAUCAUUAUGGAAAACCUCUUCUACAAUAGAAAGAAUUUGAGAAUCUUUGACUUGAAAGGUUCCAUGAGAAAUAGACAUGUUGAAAAAACCGGCAAAGAGAAUGAGGUUCUAUUGGACGAAAAUAUGGUUGACUACAUCUAUGAGUCACCGCUAUUUGUUAGAAUUCAUAGUAAGAAACUAUUGAGAGCGUCUCUUUGGAACGAUACCCUAUUCUUGAGCAAGAUGAAUGUCAUGGAUUAUUCCUUGGUUAUAGGGAUCGACACGGAGAAAAAUGAGAUUGUCGCGGGGAUCAUUGACUAUAUUAGAACCUUCACCUGGGAUAAAAAAUUGGAAAGCUGGGUCAAAGAGAAAGGUUUGGUGGGUGGUGGUGGAAAAAGGCCAACGGUUGUGACACCAAAACAAUAUAAAUCUAGAUUCAGAGCUGCCAUGGAAAGAUAUAUUCUUCUUGUUCCAGAUAAAUUUUAUCUGACUGAUCAAUUGCGUUAG